CGGACGUUCCGGGUGGCCAUCCUCGAGGCGUGCCUGGGCAUCGCGGGCAUGCUGGCCAGCAUCGGUGGUGGCCAGUGGCGCAAGGCCCAGGGCUACAUCAACCCCUUCUGGCUGGCCUUUGCUGCCUCUCUUGCUGCCACUCUCUAUGCUGCUUUCUGCCUUCGGGAGUCAGUGAAGCAGAGGAGACCGGCCAGGCUGUUCACGCUCAGCCAUUACAAGGCUGUGUACAGGCUGUACAUGGCCCCAGAGCACCCGAGCUCCAGGUGGAAGCUUGCUCUUUACUCUCUGGCUUUUUUCCUUCUUGUCACAGUGCAUUUUGGAGCCAAGGACCUCUUUGUUUUGUAUGAGCUUGGCUUUCCUCUCUGCUGGGCUUCUGACCUCAUCGGGUACGGCUCCGCCGCCAACUACCUGGCUUACCUGAGCAGCCUGGGAGGGCUGCGGCUGCUGCAGCUCUGCCUUGAAGACAGCUGGGUGGCAGAGAUAGCACUGAUCUCAAACAUUGCCGGACUGGUUGUGAUUUCUCUCGCUACCACAACAGCACUGAUGUUUACAGGUUAUGGGGUUCUGUUCCUUUCCAUGGCAGCUACUCCAGUCAUCAGAUCCAAGCUCUCCAAGCUGGUCAGCGAGACGGAACAGGGUGCUCUCUUUGCUUCUGUUGCCUGCGUGCAAGGGCUGUGUUCCCUCGUGGCUACAGGAGUGUUCAACUCUCUCUACCCUGUGACCUUGCACUUCAUGAGAGGAUUCCCAUUUCUCUUCGGGGCUAUAAUCCUUCUUAUUCCGGCAGCUAUCAUUGGGUGGAUUCAAAUCUGGGACUCAAAACAUGACUACAAUCACUUCCAAGAUCCCCCAUCCCCUGCAAAAGACUGAUCAGCAACUUAGCAACAAGGAAUUGGCCAGCACAGCAGUGUCCACCUGAAGACUGCUCUUUACUCUUCCCUCAAAGGACAGAUUAGUGUGGGAGGGACACCCUCCUUGCCCCUACUAACUUUUAAAUGCCAGGCAGUUGGAAAUCAUGGCUCUGACUACAGGAGGAACCUGAUUUGCAGAUGUGAAUGCCUCCUCAACAUUUGUUGGCUCAUCUAUGAGAGAAAACCCAAGAGACCCAAAAACCAACCAAGCUGUUGUGGGCCAUUUGCAAGGCUGGUUAGUGGUUUGGGGUUUGGAGAAGGCACCGUGACAUGCUUUUAAGGGGGAGAGAGGACUGAGUUCUGGUUUAAUUGCCAAACACAUUCCCCUCUGAGUACUGCAGUGUGUAGCAGAUGAGCUUUUGGUGUGGGUGAGGCAUGGACUGAAGCCUGCAGAGCCAGACUGAAGCAGAGGUACAAUAGUGUACUGCUGAGGAGGAAGAUCCAUGAUCUGGAUCAGCAUGUUGCCUGUAAAAAUCCUACAAGUGUCACAUGCCAGACCAAGCUCCCAUAGAAAUCCUUGUGGAGAGGGCUAGUUUAGCACAAAACUGCUACUGCUGUCCUUAUUGACUGAACCAGCUUCAGUUUUGCAAGUUAAAGGUGUCCUAGGAAGAGGAUCUAACUCAUGAAGUGUUUGUAGGAGAGCCAGUUGCAUGUCCUGCCUGUUUGCAGCUCAGCUCAGGAUCUCAAAGGUGCUUUUAAAAAGUAACAGACUGUCUGAGAAUACUACAGUGCAAAUAGAAUAUAUCCUGAGUUGGAAGGAGCCCACAAGGAUCAUCAAAGCAACUCCUGUCAGUGCCUUAAUUGACAGUUGCCAAAAUUGUUGAAUUUAAGGCUAAAAUUGCCAAACUGGACCCCCCUAAGUGAAGCCCCUUACACUGUAGGUGUGCCCUAGUGUCUUGGGAAAUCACUGCUGUGCUUAUGGCAGAGUCCUUCCUCACCAAUACACUGUGCUGUAGUGAUGAGCUGGUGUGGGACUAGUGUCUUUAAGGUUAAUUUUUUGUUGUUGUAUGGGGCACAACUUUAUGUUGGUGACCUCAGUUCUGCUGCCUCUCUCAGGAUCUGUUGAUGCCAGCAAGCAAAUCUCAUGUUCAUGGUGCUUACAAUUGUUCCUUUCAAAGCAUUGCCUGUAUUGCCACAAUCCUGUUUUCUUCCAAGUGCCAUAAACCAGCAGUUCUGUGUACACUGCACUGUGCACGCUGUUCAAGUACCUGCAAUAAUGUCAUUAUUAUUACUUUCAAAAUGAAUAAAACCUCCAUUCUCUUUUAUGGCUCAUAAAAUGA